GUGUGGACUACCGCCAUGGCGGGUAGCAAAGCCAGGCAAGCGUUUUUAGGGCUGGUCCUCCAAUGUCUGGCAACAUUCGUUCUCAUAUCACGUGUCAACGGUGACACCUUGUGUUUUGCUUGCGAUAAAAUUUUCCACCCAGCUGGGUGCGGUAAUCUGGCCAGGUGUGGGCCUCACGAGGUGUGCUUUACUGUGAUGGGAACAAGCGGUGCUUCCAGCGAUGCGGACUUCACAUCGGGCUGCAUGCCGCGGGAGGACUGCGAGGGCUCAAUAGGAGGCAACCUCCACCCAUUCCAUACAGAACUGUGUUCACAGUGUUGCCAUACUGACCUCUGUAACGCCUACCUAUGUGAACAAAAAUUGCCGAAUGGGAUGAUCUGUGCCAAGUGCGAUGACGUGUCAGAUGUGGACACGUGUCUGAAAGUUGCCUUCUGUCAGGGCGGCGAGGUGUGCUCUUCCACACUCGCGCCUCAGUCCAACACCUACACUCUAGGAUGCCAGAAGAAGGAGGCCUGCACUGGCACCACUGCCUGCUGUGACAACGCCGACCUCUGCAACUUGAACCUCACCAAGACCAUCAGCAACCCCAGACAAGUGUCCGUGACCUCAACUCCAUCCUCCACAACGUCAUGGCCGUCUGCUACCGACAGCGAGACAAUCGCAACUUUUGAAUCAACUGUAGGGGUCGAUCACGUGACUCCUACCACGGUGACGUUCUUCAGUUCUGUUGACAACAACACGACCUGGGGGUGGACAGUGUGUCCUCACCAUCAGUACCCAUGGAGACCUGAGCACUCUGUUGGUGACGAGUACGCUUGGUGCCACCGGAAGUCAAGAUGUGACGUCAGAGGGAAGUCUCUCCUUCAGCAGCACGGACGGAUGGUCCACAUUCGCUUCAGUGACGAUGGCUGCAACUCAGGUCAACAAGACAAUACCGUCUGUUGUUGUAGGUGGAGAGUCGUUGUGCUACUCGUGUGAAGAAGUGGCCAACCCCGUCUUCUGCAGCCAGUUCCAAGUGUGCGGACCUCACGAAACAUGUUUCACAGAAAAGCGGUUGAAUAGCAAUGGAGCGGACAAAUUCUCAUCAGGUUGUGUCGCUCGAGAGGAGUGCCAGGACACGGAACUGGAUGGUAGUAGACACGUGCAUGAGACGGUUGAGUGCAGUGAGUGUUGCUAUGGAGACCUGUGCAAUGACAAGCUGUGUAAGGCAGAAGUCCUCAUCUCACAGACGGCCCUGCUUUGUGCUGUCUGCGAGAACAUUCCAGACCUACACGCUGCCUGCGCUUCAAAGCGUCUGUACCGUUAGUGAGGUGUGUUCGGCAGAACAAACCGCUGGCGGAUUCACCCUGGGAUGCCGGAAAACAGAGGAUUGCACUGGUGAUGUUGUCUGCUGUAACGACACCAAUCUCUGCAAUGUCAAAGGUGGUUCCAACGUUCAUGCGCCCUCUAGUGGGAAGACAACUCCUCCUACAACACCUGUCUCAAUUACUGGGCCACCGACUGAUCUCUUUCUCUCCAGUUCAUUUACAGAACAGUCAUCGACGUCGUCGUCAAACGCCGACACGUCGUCGUCAGAGUUUUCGACUUCCGCCAGCAGUUCCAUACUGGGAAGCGCAAAGCUUGCCGGUAGACACCGCGUCCAUGGCCAUGACGUCACCGGGUGACGUGACAGUGGCGGGGACCAUCUCCCCUGAGCUGUCGUCUGCUUCAAACGGCUAUUACAUGACGUCAUCCAGCCUCGCCGUGUCCGCAGUCUCUGAGACAACAAGCUUCCUCUUUAAUUGUAGAGAAACUAAGUAC